AGCAGUUUUCUUAUAGCGAAUUAUAUAUAAAUACGGGUGUGUGAAAAAAUACGUCGAGUAUAUUCAUUCGAGAAAACUCGAGUCACUGUGUGUAUAUAUUCCCGAGAAGUUCGUGAAUAAUUCAUAUUUAGUGCAAAAGGAAGAGCCAAAAUUUCAUUGUUUUUUCUUUUCUACGUCAAGUUGAUAUUUUAUGAUGACGUCGCUUCAUCUAAAUGACAGAAUCUCUCUCGAUGCGGAGAGUUGCGAAUGCAAGAACAAGACUCCAGAAUCCAAGGCUUUGAUGACAAAUAUGAUGACUCAUGAUCAUGUAUUGGAACGAUUUGAUAACAUAAUAAAGUCAGAAAAUGAUAACAGAUUUUAUAGGGGAUUAGUUUUAGCUAAUAAGAUGAAAGUACUUUUAAUAAGUGAUCCAGCAACCGACAAGAGUGCUGCUGCACUAGAUGUUAAUAUUGGUAGCAUGUGCGAUCCCGACGACUUACCCGGUUUGGCACAUUUUUGUGAACACAUGUUAUUUCUGGGAACAGAAAAAUAUCCCAAGCAGAAUGACUACUCCAAAUAUUUAUCAGAGAACAGCGGCGUUAGCAAUGCGACAACAUUUUUAGACCACACUACGUAUUACUUCGACGUGAGUCCAAAGAAAUUAGAAGGUGCCUUGGAUCGUUUUGCUCAAUUCUUCUUGAAACCUCUCUUUACGGAUACAUUGACCGAACUGGAACUGAAUGCUAUUCAUUCGGAGCAUUUAAAAAAUUUGGCGUGCGACAUCUGGCGAUUCGGUCAACUGGAGAAGUCGUCGGCAAAUCCUCGCCAUCCUUAUUCCAAGUUUGGCACAGGCAAUAGAGAGACAUUGGACAUAUUGCCGAAACAGAUGGGCAUUAACGUUCGAGAGAGACUACUCGAAUUUCACGAGAAAUAUUAUUCCGCUAAUAUUAUGUCACUGUGCGUUCUUGGAGAAGAGAGCUUAGACGAACUCGAACAGAUGGUGGUAAAUCUCUUUAGUGAGGUGCGAAACAAGGAAAUCGAUAUCCCAGUGUGGCGCGAGCAUCCGUUUGACGAUGAACAUUUUCGUACUAAAUGGAACAUUGUUCCAAUAAAGGAUACGAGGAAUCUCCAUAUUACAUUUCCUAUACCCGAUCUGCAGAAACAUUAUCAAGCUGCGCCGUCAUAUUACGUUAGCCACUUGCUGGGACACGAAGGAGAAGGAUCCUUGUUAUCAGCUUUGAAAACGAGGGGUUGGUGUAACUCCCUCAUAUGUGGGAAAGACGCGUACGCCAGAGGUUUCUGCUUUUUCAUUCUUGUCGUUGAUCUUACUGAGGAAGGUUUCAAACAUGUCGAUGAGAUCAUCACACUAAUGUUUCAAUAUAUCAAUAUGCUAAAGAAAGAAGGCCCAAUUGAGUGGAUUUACAAAGAAUAUCGAGACUUGGCGGAUGUGAAUUUCCGCUUUAUGGAGAAGCAGCAGCCUCGCUUGUACGUAUCCUCCAGGGUCUCGGGGCUAUGGGAUUAUCCAAUGAACGAAGCUCUGUGCGCGGAUCGCCUUUUUCCGCAAUGGAAGCCAGAUUUGAUCGAUACUAUAGUGAAAUGUUUAACGCCACAAAAUAUCAGGGUUCACGUGGUUGCAAAAGCGUAUGAAAGUAUAGCGAAUGAGACUGAACGUUGGUACGGCACUAAAUAUAAAAAGGAGACGAUACCGGCGGAAAUAAUUGACAGUUGGAAGAAUGCCGAUUAUAAUUCAGAAUUGCACUUGCCAGCUAAAAAUGAGUUUAUUCCAUCGAGAUUGGAUAUAAAACCACGCGAUGAUAAUAUGAAAGAGUUUCCCACAAUCAUAGAAGACACACCGUUUGUAAGACUUUGGUUUAAACGGGAUGACGAAUUCUUAGUGCCAAAGGCCAAAAUGUUCAUUGAAUUUGUCAGUCCAUUCACCUAUAUGGAUCCCGUUAGUUGCAAUUUAGGUUAUAUGUUUGUCCAGCUAUUGCAAGAUUCGUUCACCGAGUAUGUAUAUCCCGCCGAUUUAGCCGGCUUACAUUGGAAACUUAAUUAUACCCAGUAUGGAAUAAUACUCAGUAUAUUCGGCUACGACGACAAGCAGCACAUAUUGUUGGAAAAGAUCGUGGACCGAAUGCUAAAUUUCAAGAUCAACCCGGAGAGAUUCGAGAUCUUGAAGGAGGAUUAUAUCAGAGAGCUGAAAAAUUUUGAAGCCGAACAACCGUAUCAUCAUGCGAUCUACUAUCUUGCUCUUUUGUUAGCGGAACAAGCCUGGACGAAGAGUGAAUUAUUGCACGCGACUACUUAUCUAACUGUCGGCAGACUUCAAGCGUUCAUACCGCAGUUGUUCAGUAAGGUGCACGUGGAGUGUCUGAUACAUGGUAAUAUAAUCGAGAAGGAAGCUCUGGAUAUAGUUAGACUGAUCGAGUCUAGAUUAAAAAGUGCGAUGCCUCACAUAACGCCAUUGUGGCAGCAGCAACUAGUGGUGCAUCGUGAGAUCAAGCUCGAUGAUGGUCGUCACUUUCUCUUCCAAACGGAAAACAAAUUGCACAAGAGCUCGUGCACAGAAGUGUAUUAUCAAAUCGGUAUGCAGUCAACGGAAUCGAAUGUAUUGCUGCAGCUCCUAGCUCAAAUAAUCAGCGAGCCCUGUUUCAAUGUUUUACGGACUCAGGAACAAUUAGGCUACAUAGUGUUUAGCGGUGUGCAUAAGGUGAACGUGAUGCAAGGCCUGAAAGUCCUAGUUCAAAGUGACAAACACCCGCGAUACGUUGAGAAACAGAUCGAUUUGUUCAUCAACUCCAUGCUCGACUACAUAUCUACCAUGUCCGAGGAGAAAUUUGAGAAGCACAAGGAUGCCCUGGCGACAUUGCGUCUCGAGAAGCCUAAAAGUCUAUUUUAUCGGACCGGUAUAUUCUGGAGCGAGAUUGUGGCACAGAAAUACAAUUUCGAUCGAGUGAACAUCGAAGUAGCUUACUUGAGGACCAUAACGCGGGAGCAGUUGUUCAACUUCUUCAAGGAAAGCAUAUACGGCGCAGCUCGACGUAAGCUGUCGUUAUACGUGAUAUCCACGGCAACGGACAACGAUAAAUCGACCGACGAAAAGGAAGAACCUUUUGACGACGUGCCAGAAAUCGCGGGAGAAAUUGAGAAUAUCAACGACAUCUUAUCGUUUAAACGCAGUCAAUCUUUGUAUCCAAUAUUGGAGUCGCAUACGCAUCAGUUUCCCAAAAAGGGCAUACACUCCUCCAAGUUAUAAAGCUUAUCGCUUGAUUGCAAGGAAAAAUUGAGUUCGAUUCUCUCUAUGCUUUCCUUGCAGGAUUCCUAUACCCUCCUUUUCUCUCUCUCCUUCAACGAGACAUUGAUUUUCCUCGGGUUCAUUUUGGCACGGACACGAAUAAAAGGAGUGCAGCUGUCCCCCUUUCUGUACGGACAACCGCAUACUCACGUAUUGCGAAUUCUAAAAUAAAAAUAAUAUCCGAGAGUAAAAAUUGCCUUUCAGCACGAAUUGAUUUUUGGAGAUUUAGGCUAUUGAUCUUACAAGUGUGCGACGAAUAAAACAAUACGCAAACUUUUACUCCAUCAUUGUCUGCUAUCGUUCAAUAUAGACGCUAAACUUCAAUUAUUAUGUACAUGUAAAUUGUAUUGGUUUGAAAUUGAUAUAAAAUGCGUAUGAUUGGCAACUUUC